AUAUUGCAAAAAUAAUUGCUGAAGCAGUUCUUAGGCUUGAUCCUCAGGAUUUGGCCCCUUAUGUGCUGCUGUUGAAUGUCCAAGCCUCUUCUAAAAGAUGGCAGGGUGUUUCAGAAGUGAGGAAAGUGAUGAGAGAUAGGAGGGUGAAGGAGCCAGCUCAAAAUGUUGCCCAAACUUCUAUUGAGGCGGCUGGAUCUUCUUCCUUACCCCCAUCAUUUGGUCCCAUGUUCUACCUCAAUUCAAGUUUUCCCUCAAUUUGGUACAACAAUGAUUCUGAUGGUAAGAGUCUCGUCAGUGAAGACAGCUCAACAACCGUGAGAGAAAUCUUCUCAAGAAGGGGAGGUGUAGAGUAUGUUUGUGGAUUCUACUGCUUCGGAAGUUGCACCUAUUACUUGUUCUCAGUUGCCAUUGUUGGUGGAGGCAAUCACAGUGUAGUUUGGUCAACAAAUGUAGGCCAUCCUGUGAAAGAAGGCGCGACGUUACAGCUUACAGUAGAUGGAGAAUUAGAACUGCAAAAUUCGGAUGGAGACCCCGUGUGGUCAACCAACACAUUAGGCAAGUCUGUGGUGGGAAUGAACACAACAGAAUGGGAAAAUUUGGUUCUAUUCAACAACAAAAGAGCAAUUGUUUGGCAGUCUUUUGAUUACCCUACAAACACAUUGCUUGUUGGGCAGCAGUUAUACGAGGAUCAAAAACUCAUUUCAAGUUCCUCAAACUUAUGGGCUCGUGCUUUGUACUUUGCCACAUUGAAAUUGGCUACCGAUUUUGUUACAUACGUAGGAGGUAAGCGUCAACCACAAAUGUAUUAUCAGCUGGUGCCAGAUCAAACCUCAACCACUAGCAGAGGAUCAUACUAUGCAGAGCUUCAACAAGGAAGUUUUCUUGUGAAUUUUGGUACAUCUCAAUCAAUGUUUAAAAUAAUUCCCAUCAAUUUUCCCUCCACUGUUAACACUGCAUAUAUAAAAUUAGGUAGUGAUGGGCAUUUGAAGAUAUUCCAUCACAGUAAUGCCAAUGGGUUGAGGGAGAUUGUUGAUAUGAUUACCCAUGAUUUAGGUGAAUGUCAACAUCCUCACCCGUGGUGA